CUAAAGGCGCGUCGGGCCGCGUCGCGCUGGUGCAGGUGCAGAGGCUCUUCGAGAGAGAGAGAGAGAGAGCGAGAGAGAGAGCGCGAGAGUGAUAAGGAUGCGAAAAGGAGAGAAGGGGAAGAAGAAGGGCGAGAAUGAAGGGAAACGCCGGAGGAAAGGGUGCAGGGCAUGAGUAAAAGGAUUUCAGCAGCUGCCAGUGCGUCUAGCAUCCCGGGGGCUCGUCUAUGAAUGAUUUAUAGAAAGGGGGCACUUUGAGAUAUGAUGAGCUCUCUUACUGGCUGGCAAUAGUACUAUGAUUUGGUAUGUGGCCACUUUGAUAGCAAGUGUGUUCAGCGCCCGAGGAACGGCCGCUCAAGGUGCCCACGGAGUCAGCGAGGAGCCCCAGUUUGUGACUGCCCGUGCUGGGGACACCGUGGUUCUGGGAUGUGACGUGUCCCACCCGCUCAACGGGCAGCCCUACGUGGUGGAGUGGUUCAAGUUCGGAGUGCCCAUCCCCUUCUUCAUCAACUUCCGAUUCUACCCUCCCCAUGUGGACCCGGAGUACGCCGGAAGAGCUAGCCUGCAUGGGAAGUCAUCUCUGCGGAUUGAGAGGGUACGUUCAGAUGAUCAGGGCUGGUACGAGUGCAAGGUGUUGAUGUUGGAGCAGCAGUACGACACCUUCCACAAUGGCAGCUGGGUGCACCUUACAGUGAAUGCUCCACCGACGUUCACAGACACACCGCCGCAGUACGUGGAGGCUAAAGAAGGGGGCAGUAUCACUCUCAGCUGCACGGCGUUCGGCAACCCCAAACCCUUGGUCAGCUGGAUACGGGAGGGUGAACAAUUACAGGACAGCGCCAAGUACAAGGUGAGCGACGGCAGUCUGACGGUGUUGUCCAUCAGCCGGCAGGACAGAGGAGCGUACACGUGCAGGGCCUACAGCGUGCAGGGAGAGGCCAUCCACACCACACGCCUACUCGUCCAAGGACCUCCAUUUAUCGUCUCCCCUCCCGAGAACAUAACCGUGAACAUAUCCCAGGAUGCAUUCUUCACCUGCCAGGCCGAGGCGUAUCCUGGAAACAUGACGUACACCUGGUUCUGGGAGGAAGAUAAUGUCUUCUUCAAGAACGAUCUAAAGCGCAGAGUGAGCAUUCUGAUUGACGGCUCCCUCAUCAUUGCCCAGGUGAAGCCAGAGGAUGCAGGGAAGUACACUUGCAGCCCCAGUAAUAGCCUUGGUCGGCCCCCCACUGCGUCAGCAUACCUGACAGUGCAAUACCCUGCCCGUGUGGUGAACAUGCCACCCGUCAUUUAUGUGGCCAUCGGACUGCCGGGGUACAUCCGCUGCCCGGUGGAUGCCAACCCACCUGUCACUUCAGUGAAGUGGAAAAAAGACGGUCUGCCUCUCCGGAUAGAGAAGUAUCCUGGCUGGAGCCAAAUGGAGGAUGGGAGCAUUCGAGUGGCCGAGGUGACAGAGGACUCUCUUGGCACCUACGCCUGCGUGCCUUACAACGCCCUGGGUACCAUGGGACAGUCCCCUCCCGCCCCCCUGGUGCUAAAGGAUCCCCCUAAGUUUCUGGUGGUUCCAGGAGGAGAGUACAGACAGGAGGCAGGAAGAGAGCUUGUCAUCCCCUGUGAGGCAGAAGGAGACCCAUUCCCCAACAUAACAUGGAGGAAGGUAGGGAAGCCCAGCAGGGGCAAGCACAACGUCCUACCAAGAGGCAGCUUACAGUUCAAAUCUCUCAGCAAGGAGGACCAUGGGGAGUGGGAGUGUGUCGCUUCCAAUGUUGCCACGAGCAUCACUGCCAGCACGCGCCUCCUCGUAAUCGGCACAAGCCCUCACGCCCCCAAAAACAUCCACGUUUCGGUCUCGACGACCUCGGCCAACGUCUCAUGGGAGCCAGGCUAUGACGGCGGCUUCGAGCAGACAUUCUCAGUCUGGUACGGCCAUGUGGUGAAGAGGGAGCAGCUAGGCUCGCAUGACUGGCUCUCCAUGCCUGUGCCAAGCGGACAGCACUGGCUGCUGGUGCAGGGCCUGGAGUCUGAGACGGCCUACCAGUUCAGCGUCCUGGCGCAAAACAAGCUGGGCACGGGGCCCUUCAGCGAGGUCGUCACUGUGAACACUCUAGUAUUUCCUAUAAGUACCCCCGAACCUCUGGUGCUGCUUACCCCACCACGGUGCCUCACAGCCAACCGGACACAACAGGGAGUCCUGCUAUCAUGGAUUCCUCCAGCCAAUCACACGUCGCCGAUCGAUCAUUACAUCAUGGAGUUCCGCCUCGGCGAGAGGUGGGACGUCCUGGAUGAUGCAAUCCCUGCAGGAGAGACGGAGCUGUUAGCCAGAGACCUGAUUCAGGAGGUGUGGUACGAGUUCAGAGUCAUGGCAGUCAUGGAGGACCUCAUCAGUGAACCCAGUAAUGUAGUUGGUGUCUCCAGUACAGACUUCUUCCCACCGCCUGACGUGGCAGACGAGGGGAUGGCCCGGCCGGUGGUGGCGGGCAUCGUGGCUACCAUCUGCUUCCUGGCGGCGGCCGUCCUCUUCAGCACACUGGCAGCCUGCUUCGUCAACAAGCAGCGGCGGCGCAAACUCAAGAGGCGACGAGAUCCUCCUCUUUCAAUAACACACACCAGAAAAAGCGUGGAGACUCCGCCAUCUUCUGGAAAGAUGAGUCCAGAGAGUGUCCGAUCCAUUGGAGCUCCAUCGGAGUCAUCUGAGGAUGGAUCACGAGCUAAGAAAAGUCCUGCCAAGGAGAAGGAGCUUUCUUUAUACAAGAAGACCAAAAGAGCAAUAAUUAGCAAGAAAUAUAGUGUCUCUAAACAUGAAGCUGAGGCUACUACACCUAUUGAGUUAAUCAGUCGUGGGCCAGAUGGUCGCUUUGUCAUGGAUCCCACUGACAUAGACGCACCUGUCAAGCCUAGGCGUAUUGAGGGCUUCCCCUUUGUGGAAGAGUCAGACCUUUACCCAGAAUUUCGACAGUCUGAUGAAGAGAAUGAUGAUCCAGGCCCCAUGCCUCCUAUGAUGGCCACUCUCAGACCCCAUCAGAUCUCUCCCAUUUCUUCCAGCCAGGAGUCUUACUUGCAGCCCCCAGCCUAUAGCCCCCGCUUCCAGAGGCCACUUGAAGGGAUGACCAUCAUGGAAAGCAGUCGACUUCAGGCCAUGGGGCAGAUCCGUGGUGCUCCUCAUUUUCGAGCCUUUUCUCAUGGCCAGUUCUACUUGGGCAGCUACUUGGGCAGUCCUGGAGAACCUGAGCCUCCACCUCCUUUCUACAUGCCAGACACCAGCCCACUUAGCUCAGUAAUGUCUUCACCCCCUUACCACCUUGAGGGGCCUUUUGGUCAUCCAACCAUACCAGAGGAAAUCAGUGAAGGAGAGAUUCAGCACUAUGCAGUCUCAGGCUGCUCCCUUCCCUUGACACACACAUCGUCCCGUUCCCCAGAUAUAUGGCAACGGCCUGAUUUCUCCUUUGCCACGUUUGAGGGUCCUCACUUCAUAUUCCCACCCCACCACCCUUUGCAAUUUCACCGGGAACCUUCUCUUCCACCACCCCUCAUUCUCCCUCCUAGUGCUCUCCCACCUGCCUCCAUUCAUAUACCUUCCUAUCCUGGUAUUCUUCAGCUGGAGGCCCCAAAGAGUCGGCUAGGCAAGUCUCCCAGCAAAGUGAAGCCUCAGGGCCUUCCAGCCAAGCAUUUACCUAUGCAAGAGGCACAGAGUCUAGGGCAGCUAAGACACACAAGCCACGGUAUGGGUGUGCCGGUAUUGCCUUACCCUGACCCAGCGUCUCACAUUGUUGGUCCUAGCUCAUUUGGAAGCCUGGAUACCCGUUGGUAUGAGUUAACUCCCAGGCUCAGUCCCAGACAGCCCCGUAGGAUGGAACCCAGCAUGGUGGUACUCCAGCCUUCCCGUCUCUCACCCCUAACUCAAAGCCCGAUUAGCUCUCAUGAGGGUUCUCCAGAGAUUGUAGUCCGCCCCAGGCCCCGUCCUAGCAUUGUCCAGCCUUCAAUUCCCCCUGGGAUGUCUGAAAUAACCCUGCAGCCACCUUCUUCUGUUAGCUUUUCAAAAAGAUCCUCACCUUCUUCUUCCCCUGCUCAAGGCCAAGGAAGCCGACGGGCAAGUCCUAUUUACCGCUCCCACAUGGCCUUUGGCACCUCAGCAACAAGCUAUCCAUCCCAAUCUCCAUCACCCCCCAUGGAAAGCAGCAGAAUUUUUGGACAGAUGCCAACCCAGAGGAGGAGUGAGGAGGAGAUUCUGCCAUCAGAACCCUCUCCGCCCCAGCUAUCAGCUUCAGGAAAACGUCGAGGUACACCGAGUGGUCCUGCAGGGUCUGAGAGGAUAGAAGCACUGAGAUAUCAACGUGUCAAAAAAGCCAAGAAGGUUGUGGUUAACAAUAACAACUCCAAGGCCAGAAAGAAAAUGGGUGUGUCGACCUCUCAGACCCAGCAGCCCCACACCUCUCAGGUCCUCCCACCAGAAGAAGCUCUCUACCUCCGCAAGAAGAAGAGGAAGUUAACCAGACAGGACCCGUACACCCGCUUCUCCGCCCUGCUGUACCGCCGUCCUCCGCAAGAUGACCAGAAAGCCAUUCUGGCCAGUAUGGACAUAGUGGACCCAGACCACGCCACUUUCCUGUGAGGGCCCAGAGAGCAGGCCACACUCUUCCCAAAGCCCACUGGUUCUGCACUGAGUUUCCCACCACCCCAGCUGUGCCCCAUAUCUACACCUCAUCUUUCCAUUCAUCCUUUUUGUUUUUCUUCCUUUUCGUUUUUGAAACCUCUCUUUUCACAAGAUAAUGCUGGUUGGUAGUGUUCCAAGGUUUUGCUCCAGUGCAAGACUACCUCAAACAGAGAACUAGGGUCAUUAGGGUUUAGGUUUAUUUCUCUUCCGAAAGAGGCGUGCCAGCGUUGAGGCUCAUGCGUGUGGUUUACAGCUGUCAUCACUCCUCACAUUCCUGCACCUGUUUCAUUCUGCCAGUAGUCUUACUCUGUCUCAGCAGAACACAGGGUUCUCAUGCGUAGGCCAGAUAUACCUCAGAGUCACCCGAGACUCAUCAGUGCAACACUGCUGGACAGGCGAACGUUCUGUAACUUCCUAACAGUCCACCAUUUGGUCGUGGUGCUUUUUUUCCCUUUUCUUGUAAUAUCGUUAGGCAUCAUUUAUGUUCAAAAGAAAAAUAUUUCAGGUCUUUCAAGGCAGAAUGACUGUUAUGCUCAUAAUGGUAUUAUGUAUUAAUAUACUUAUACCACAGCACUUUUAAAUUCUCUAAUCUGAUUGGUCAGAUGGUGGUUAAUUUACUAUAACAGCAGCUCUGACAUUAGUUCCAGCUUAAUCAAUGGAUUUGCCCUAAUAUGUUAUCAUUUCUAUAGUAACAGUUUAUUACAGGGAUUUGUACAACAGAUACUCAGCAUAAAGUGACUAAUUGUUAACAUGGUGCAUUGCUCUGUAAAGAGUUUAAGUUUAUGUAACAUUUUGGAAGGAGUUUCCAGUGCUUUAUAUUCAUCAGUGAUAAAGCUGGAACUUCAGGCUUUGUACUUUGGAGUUUCCUGUAGCUUGGCAAGCUGCAUUUCUUUGUCAUAAUUAAAUUAAAGAGAUAGCUUAUGAAUAAACAGUUGUUUUUCUAUGUUAUAACUAUGUUAGGAUGUUCCGUAGCAUGAAAUGUAACAAUAAACAGAUAAAAGUAUACACAUCUCUUGCAGCACUCUGUGCUGACUCACAUCCCAUAACAUGUUUGCUGUGGUAUAAGAGGAAUAGAACAUGCUGGGUUGUCCUGUUAUUGGAAAAUAAUCAGCUUUGGGAUAGUAACAGUAACUCGGCUUUGAGUCACAACACCCCAUCGCUGGUUAUUUGCAUGGAACAGCAUGCUCCAUCAGGUUCUAUUCCUUACAUAAUAUGCAUUGUGUGUGUGCAGUGUGGUCGUUUUUCAUUCGUCCGCUCCUCCAUGGAUUUGGAAUGCUCAGUAUUUCCAGUACUUUAUUGGGGGGAGAAUUUCGUUUCUUCGAAACACCGUUCACGAUCCGUUCUUUAGCUGAAGAAGUGACAACGAUACUGUUAGAUAUUCCGAAUGAAUCCUGAAAAGGGAACAAAGACGUUAUCCAGAGAUGCGCACAGGUUACUUUCCACUACAAUCCAAAGCUGCUAUGGCCGUGUGUGUACAUUUUUCUGGGUUGGUGUUUUCUGUAAAUAAGUCUUUUGCAUUGGAGCAAAAUCUUGGUAAUCACUGUGAUGUUCUGUUUUUUACGUUGAUGCUAACUUAGUCUUGUUUUUCGGAGCUCCUAUUUAAAAACAAACAAACAUAGUAAGUACCUUAAAUCAAUUUUUAAAAAAAGAAAAUACUACAGUUUCCUUAAUAAUCAAUAAAAUUCUUGAGUAUAAUGUACUGUGAGAAGCGUAGGGUUUCGUGCCAUAAUUAUACUGUAGUAUUUUUUCAACUGUCCCCUCAUUCCCUUUUAUCCAAAAAGGCAUAUUUAGGCCAAAGUAGGGCUCUUGAAUGCUUGGCUCCAUUUCUUUGUCUCUUUCUUCUUUUUCUUUCUUGUUUUUUUUUCUUGGUUUAUUUCCAAUGGAAACCUACUGCCUUUGUGGGCCAUUUUUGUAGCCUUUUAUUUUGAGGGUUAACCUGGCUGCAAGUAGAAGCAGCACCCCAGCUCCUGUCUCGAUCCUCUCUGGAAAGACAUUAUGGGAAACGCCUACGAGAAGACCAGGCUUUCCCAUGCGGCCAAAGUUUUUUAUCGUAUAUCUAAUCAUCCAAGGGUGCUUCUUUUCUACUGGUUAAUAUGUAUUCUCACUGUCAGGACAAACAUAUCUGUGCUCAUGUACGUUCACUUUGGUGGCCAGUCAUUGAAAGGGGAUGGUGCUGGUGGUGGUCAGCGAUGGUGCUCUACCUGUUUCACAUUCAUUUGUCCCUGCUGAAAGAAAAAAAAAAAAAAAAGCUCACAAGGGCGUAGGUUGGCUCAGUAGUAUCAGUUAUCAUAAAGGGGACUCCAAAUUUAAGCUAGGUUGAUGUUUAACCUAAGUUUUGCAAAUGGAUUGUGUUGGUUCACAAUCAAGCCCCUCCCAAAGCCUAAUCAGUACAAUACGGGCGUGUUCAACAGCCUAUUUUGGGUGCUAUCAAACUUUGGGAGUCUUCGGACCGUAAUCACUUGAAAUUGCUUAAUUUCUCUAAGUCGAUCUUCCGGCAGAUGUGGCUGCUGCUCGUCAUUUGAACACCGCAGUAUUUGACGUUUUAGGAUUUCGACAUCAUCCGAGCGUUGGAUCAAAACAUUCAAUGUUUUGCUGUGGCAUCUUGACGGUCAAUACCUAGUGUCCAUCAAAAUGCUUUUUUUUUAGCGUUAAAAAUGUCCUCGUUCAUACUUGACUUACAUCUGGGUGCUGAAUGUGAUCACCGGUUUGCAUUUAUGAUUUUAGCUACAUCAACAUUAGAGGCUGGGGUGUACCUCAGGCGAGUAAGGGCACUUCCUGUCGGCAUGGUUAUGAGGAUUCAGAUUUAUUUUGUCAUGACUGCACUUUCUUAAAAACAAAACUGGAAUACCUUUGAUGUAUUCUGUGCUUAUGUGAGACCAGCGCAUUACAAGUGUACCUGUGUAAGCAUUUCUGAUGAUUUUAUUUCACCUUGGUUAGGGGACUGAUUGUCAACUAGUCAUACAUGGGUAGUCAUUUUGGAGCUUUUAGAUGAUACUAAGCACCGAGUGUGACACUUGGCACAAAGCGUCGCGAUCGGUUCAGAUCACACCUCUUCUUUAUGUUCUGUGAAUGUUUUCUUUGCAAAGAAUAUCAGACUUUGCGUGUUAAUGUCUGUAACUGUUGUUCCAUUUGUAAUUUCGGUAAAUGUCUGAUUAGAUGACCCAUGAAAGACGUGGCAACACACUUUUAGAUAGAUCUUCACAAAUAGGUAGUUCAUUUCAAAGAUGUGCUCCUCAAGUAUUUACAAGACUGGGCAAUUUAUUUAUUUUUUUUUUUGGUCAACUAUGGUGCUUUGUAAAAGAUAUAGAACUAUUUAAUUAACUAAAUAUUGUUCUUUUACGUUUCUUUCUUUUUCAAAAGAGUGAUAUAAAAAAAAGGAAUAUCCAAAAUGCUAGGAAUGUACUGUAAUAUGUCAGAAAUACUGUAUAUAAUAGCAUAUAUUGCACAAUGUAUGAUAAAAUUUUAGUAAUUUUGAAUAAAUUGGACAAUAUAUGCACGCGACUAAAAUAUAUUCAUAAAACAUAUUCCCAUAUUUUGAAUUCAUUCAUUUUUUUUUAACAAUGUGUUUGUAAUAUUACUUUUUCAUCAAGGUUUCUUCACUUUAAAGCAUCCUUAAGCGUUCAGUAGACACAAGAAGAUAAAUUUCCAUGGAUCUUGGAUUUUUUUUUUUUUUUCUUGGCGGUUGUUUGGAUCAAUAUCUGUGAAAUUAUUUUUCCCAAACUAUAAACUUCUCGGUCUCUUCUGUAGCACCAUCCACUUAUAUUUCCACUUGUUGUGAAUUAGGCUCUGGCAGGCCGACACAGAUACUCCAGGAGUUUGUAGGUUCUUUAAGAGAUCUAAUAAAUGCUGAAUAAACCUCGGCUCAUAAACAGUGCCACAGAAGAUUUGUAAUAAACAAACAAACAAACAAAUAAAUACAUAAAUAAAACAGACACAAGGCUUUAAAGAGAGUGAACACUUGAGCUCGUUCAGUAGCGUCGUAGCCAUCAUCGAGUGACAAGCUUCACCUUCUAGAUCUCACUGACUUUGCCUUGCAUUUAUUUUGUAUGGAAUUUAUAUCUGUCCACGGAACAAGCAUUCUGUUACUUUAUCAUGACGAUUUAUUUCGAGAGAAACAUUUUCCAUUCCAAUUCAUCAUUUUUUGCGUUUGCAUAAUUUUGAAUAAAACAACCAUCUUAGUAAAGCUGGAGUCUUUGUUUUGAUUGAAACACAAAUCAUUUCCACUUUAUUCCUGUUUUUUUUUCUUCCUCACAAUCAUGUGUGAUAUCAUGUUUAUAACUCCAAAAUAUUUUCCUUUGAUUUUUUCAUGAAAAUAUUUCCUAAUUUCAGAUCUGUUUUUUUUUUCCACUUUUUCUGGACGUAUAUUUAUUUGUCUCAUUUAAGUCUACACUUCCUUGUUCUGAGGAUCACUGAGCUCAAAUCCCCUCUGUACGGCUUCACGAAUGAAAUCUACAAGAAUAUAUGCAUACGGUAAAUGUAUAUUUCUCUAUUUCUCAAUGUUUAGUGAGGAUUUUUUUAUUUAUUGUGAUCAUCCUUUAAUUUUGAUGGACUGAUGCUUAGCUCACUGGACAAGGUCAUGGCACUUUCUCUGUUAUAUCUCUGUUAACAGAUCAAAAUGUAUAUACAUGAUUAGAGACGUGUUUAGCAUGAUCUUACGGUUCUGUUGAAUGCUAUUAUCCAGAGCAGAUAUGUUUCCGAAUGCGUGCUCAUGAGAGAUGAUUUUAGUAAAAUGAAGCAGAUUAUUUAUUAAAUACAAAUUUUUUUCUUUUUAUAUAUCACUUACAAGCGAUGAAGAAACGGUGGGAUGUUGAUGUGAUGACGGGGAAAAACAUGCCAACGUUAUUUGUUAUCACUCCGCCAUUAGAUCAUUUAACGUAACACUUGACCGAAAAACAUUGAUUUCGACAUAUGAAACAGAGAAAAAUAAAUGGAAAGAUUUCAGUUUUGACCUUGAAAUAAUUUUAAUGUUCUCCUAAAUGCCAGUAUUUUGAAUUGGGUGUUAGAACGUGAUCUACAGUCGAAGGUAGAAGCUGAACCAAAUGACUUUAUUCCAAACAAUUCUGCUGUAUUUUUUAUUUAGUUAGGUGGUACUCUUUAAAAAUAUAGGUACUGUUGCUGGAGUGUUAUCGUUAAAGGAAUAUCUUUUACCUCUGAGUUCCAUAAAGGGACUUUAAGGGCAACUGAUACCUUUACAUUUACUCUAAAAGCUCAUCACUGGAACACAUCAUGACGGGAAAAGAUGCGUACUGAAGGUAGAAAAGGUGUUUCCUUCAUGAUAUCACUCCAGUGCCAAGAAGAAGAAAACAAAAAAACAGUACCUUUAUUUCGAUACCCCCUGAUGUGUUUAAAAGAUUUCUAUUUCAUCUGAUCAAGAAUGGAACUGUUCAAAUACUUGGCGAGUUUUUGUAAAAAAAAAACAACAAAAAAACACAAAUUUGCAGAAUGCAUGCUUAAACAUUGACCUCCUAAAGAACAUCAGGGAUUUACCAAGUGAUCAUGCUGCUUACCUUUAGGUGGAGAAAGGGCGAGGGUCGGUCUGGUAUCAGCACAAUAUGGCGCAUGGGGGAAUUACGAGAUGUCAGGCUUCAUUUGGCACUUUGUGUGCUUGCAGGAAAAAAUAAAAAUAAAAAAACCUAUAGAGAUGAUCAGGAACGUCUCAGUCGACUGCAGAUACACACGCAACAAUAGAACUUUUCACAAGAUGUAAAUAAAGACUACAUAUCUUGCAAUAUAUUUUUGUACACGAGAAAUUGCUGCACACUGUGGAUAUUGUUAGAUGAAUGAUUAAAGGGGUCGUUUUAUGGUCUGUAUAUUGAACAAUGUGAAUAAUAAUCUUACAAAUUAGACUGAAGAGCAGAAUGAAGAAAAUAUAUUCAACAUGUAAGAAUUUACAAACCAAAGGGGGAUAACCUUGUCUGUUUUUUUUGGGCCGGGGGGGGGGGGGGGUGUUUGCUUAUAGUACAUAGCAUUUUAUUCGUUUCAUCUUUAUACACAGCUCAGCAUCUAGGAAAAUAACGCUGAAAUGUAGAAUAGUGCAGAGAUGCUAAUAUAAUAGCUAAAAUAUUAUUGUGCUUCAUGAAAAAAUAUCCUCCAGGUUUGAGAUUAUUUUCCUUUUUUGUUUUUUCCAGUAUGCCUUAUUUGACAAUAUAUUUUUCAUACCAUCAAUGCCCUUUACAUUAAAACUUUUAACUGUGACAAAAGGUUUCUGCUCUGCUGUUUGCAUUGUGAUGUUAGAUCGUUUACGCCCCAUGUUUCUUUCCUUUCUUUUUUUGUAUUUAUCGCAAAAACACAGCCACGAUGCAUCGUCGUCCUUUAACGCCAUCGAAGUCAGUGACGUGUCUGCGUAGACUUACUGCCUCAUUGACUUCAAUGGGAUCGGACUGGCGGGAAGGCACACAUACAAUAUGUAUAGCAGCACAGUGUAAGAUAUGUGUAAUCUGUAUUCUUCUAGUAAGCAGGCUGUACAAGUAGAGAUAUUUUGGCAGUGUACUGUAUGUAUAAAGGACAGAUAUUUAUAGCUACAGAUUAAAAAAGAUAACUGAACGAUCUAACUUUUGUACAAGGUUAAAGAACGUGUGAUUCAACUUUGAUGUCCUGUUUAUGAAAAAAUGUAUGUUUUUCUUUUUUUUCCUCUCGUGACGGUAGCGAAAGUGUGGUUAUUAGCGAUAUGACAGAUGUUACAAACUGCUUUUGUAGAUUAUCUGUAGAUAACUCUUACAGUCAAAGUAAGAUUUUAUAGAAACAUCAGUGUGGUGCAUAUUCACUCGCCAUCCCAUUGACCACAUUAUGACUUGGUGCUAUUUAUGAUCCAUUCUGUGGUCUAGACAGGAGAUGACUUUGGCGCAAACAUCACAUCUCACACGUAUUCAGACUAAUGUGAAGACCUAGCUGACAGUAUUUGUUAAUAUUUGAUGCAACGAAGAAGAAAAAAAACAACAACAAAACAUUUCUUACUGUAAAUUGUGUUAAUGCAGUGUUAGCGAAGACAUGUAUCAAGUAAAGAAAUAAGAUGUGAUGCUUACAAAAUGCUGUAAACUAACUCUUGUCCGAAACAAAUGGUCUGAAUUAAAUCAAGAAAAAAAUAAAGAUGUUUUGAGAAUAAAUAGCAUGUACAUUGCAAAUUAUAAAACAAGAAAUGAAGGAGGGAUUUACAACAAACAUAAAUGAAGGAAGGAAGAAAGCGAGGAAGGAAAGGAUUGUCACACCUUGAAGGAAGGAAGCAUGGAGGGGUGGAUGGCUGGAUGGAUGGAUGGAAGGAAGGAAGGAUUUGUAACAACUGGAAGGAAGGAAGGAAAGAAGGAAGGAAGGAAGGAAGGAAGGAAGGAAAGAAGGAAGGAAGGAAGGAAGGAAGGAAGAUCAGAAGAAAGUAGAGGGAAGGAGUGAAGCAACGGAAGGAUUUGUCACUAGAAGAAAAGAGUGAAGGAAGGAAUUGUAAUAACUGCUCAGAUGUUAGUCAUUAUGUUUUAGUCAUUCUGUAACCAUACAGUUUCAGUCAGAGUAACAUCAGCUCUGGAUCUGUAAUUAUUGUUUUUGCUCCUGUUAGUCUCCAUUAUCCACUCUAUAUCCACUCUCUCUCUGAUUUCUGUCUUUUAACUGCUCAUAAAUUCAUUUGACUGAAAACGACAUUUUUGUAGACUAAGGAUAAUGAUGGAUGUUAAAAUUCAUCUUCAAGUCUUCAAUUGCCACAAAUAACUAUUUUAUUAAAUUUACAUUAAAAAAUAAUCUUAAAAGAUGUUUAAAAAUAUAGUUCAAACCCUUCAAACAUCAGAGCUGCACACACUGUACUGUCUUAUUUACUUAUUAUUAACCUAGUUACCUAAUUAAUGAUCAAAUAUUUUUGUCUGAAUACAUUAUAAUACAGAGAUAAUGAUAAAUAUAUUGGUUAAAAAUGGUGGCAAGCCAGAUAGAAUGUAAAAGACUUCACAGUAUUUUACUAUAUUUGAGUUGCAUUUUAUCAGAUAUAUCCGUUCAUCCUGUACUGACGCAACCACUCGUCACGUCAAAGGGCGGUUCCUUUAGACAUGAUGUCUUUAUGGUGUCUGUACAGCUUCUGUUGUUUAGUACAGACUCAGUGUUAAAGAGAGCAAAAACAUUUUCUUAAAACUAGCUUGUGUAUUCUUCAUUCAUCUAUAUGAUUGCUGUAGUAGCCUGAGGCAAUUCAGGUCUAUAGGAAUGUGAUUUAACUUAUUCAAGAUUCAGGACUGUUGGAAAUUGAUUCAGAAAUCAGUGAUUCAGAGAUUCAGGACUGUGGGAAAUUGAUUCAGAAAUCGGUGAUUCAGAGAUUCAGGACUGUUGAAAAUUGAUUCAGAGAUUCAGGACUGUUGAAAAUUGAUUCAGAGAUUCAGGACUGUGGGAAAUUGACUCAGAAAUUAUUGAUUCAGAGGUUCAGGACUGUGGGAAUGUGAUUAAGAAUCCAGCUAUUCAGGACUGUGGGAAAGUGAUUCAGAAAUCAGUGAUUCAGAGAUUCAGGACUGUGGGAAAUUGAUUCAGAAAUCGGUGAUUCAGAGAUUCAGGACUGUUGAAAAUUGAUUCAGAGAUUCAGGACUGUUGAAAAUUGAUUCAGAGAUUCAGGACUGUGGGAAAUUGACUCAGAAAUUAUUGAUUCAGAGGUUCAGGACUGUGGGAAUGUGAUUAAGAAUCCAGCUAUUCAGGACUGUGGGAAAGUGAUUCAGAAAUCAGUGAUUCAGAGAUUCAGGACUGUGGGAAAUUGAUUCAGAAAUCGGUGAUUCAGAGAUUCAGGACUGUUGAAAAUUGAUUCAGAGAUUCAGGACUGUUGAAAAUUGAUUCAGAGAUUCAGGACUGUGGGAAAUUGACUCAGAAAUUAUUGAUUCAGAGGUUCAGGACUGUGGGAAUGUGAUUAAGAAUCCAGCUAUUCAGGACUGUGGGAAAGUGAUUUGCGACCCAGUACUGGGAAUGUCCCUCGGUUCAGGCAUAUUGACCUAUAAUUUAAUACCAUGCAUGCCAUUUGGAAAACAAAGAGCUCUUACAUCUGAAAUACAUUUGAGUUGGCCUUUAUUUCACAUGCUCCAUGCUGGGUAAAGCUCAUUGGGUUGCCAUGUUCAGAUGCUACAGUGUUAUGUAACCUUUACUCUGCUUCAGAAAUGUUUUGUAUUUUGAUAUAAUAAAAGAAUGAAAUCUA